UAGAUUUUCCGCCAUAUUGAAGAUUGUGAAGGCAGUUUGUGACGAAAAUGCCGGAUUAUUUGGGAAAAGAUCAAAGGAAAACCAAGAAUGAUGAUGACAAAGAGGAAAAACCGAUUCAAGCGCUCGAUGAAGGGGAUAUCGAAAUUCUAAAGACUUAUGGUGCUGGAUUAUACAGCAGGUCAAUAAAAAAGGUAGAAGAGGGUAUACAAGGAACCCUAAAGAAAGUCAAUGAACUAACAGGUAUCAAAGAAUCUGAUACUGGCCUUGCCCCUCCUGCUUUGUGGGAUUUGGCAGCAGAUAAACAAACUCUUCAAGGAGAACAACCCUUGCAGGUGGCAAGAUGUACAAAGAUAAUCAAUGCAGAUACAGAUGAUGCUAAAUAUGUGAUCAAUGUCAAACAGUUUGCCAAGUUUGUAGUUGAUCUUGGUGAUCAAGUUGCUCCGACAGAUAUUGAAGAGGGAAUGAGAGUUGGAGUUGACAGAAACAAGUACCAAAUUCAUAUACCUCUACCACCAAAGAUUGACCCAACAGUGACUAUGAUGCAGGUUGAAGAGAAGCCAGAUGUGACUUACUCAGAUGUGGGAGGGUGUAAAGAACAGAUUGAAAAGCUUAGGGAAGUGGUAGAAACUCCACUUCUACAUCCUGAACGGUUUGUUAAUCUAGGUAUCGAACCACCAAAAGGCGUUCUCUUGUUCGGUCCUCCUGGAACAGGGAAGACACUGUGUGCUAGAGCUGUCGCAAACAGGACUGAUGCUUGUUUCAUCAGAGUAAUUGGAUCAGAGCUGGUUCAGAAAUAUGUUGGAGAGGGAGCGAGAAUGGUCCGUGAGCUGUUUGAAAUGGCAAGAACUAAGAAAGCGUGCAUUAUUUUCUUUGAUGAAAUUGAUGCUAUAGGAGGAACUCGUUUUGAUGAAGGUGCUGGUGGUGAUAACGAAGUUCAGCGAACAAUGUUGGAGCUUAUAAACCAGCUGGAUGGAUUUGAUCCCAGAGGAAACAUCAAAGUUCUCAUGGCAACAAAUCGACCUGACACACUCGAUCCCGCCCUAACCAGACCAGGAAGACUGGACAGAAAAAUAGAGUUUAGUCUUCCAGAUUUAGAGGGACGAGCUCACAUAUUCAAAAUUCACGCCCGAUCUAUGAGUGUGGAGCGUGACAUUCGGUAUGAAUUACUGGCAAGACUGUGCCCCAACACCACAGGUGCUGAAAUUCGUAGCGUUUGUACAGAAGCAGGCAUGUUUGCGAUUCGUUCGAGGAGAAAAGUUGCUACAGAAAAAGAUUUCCUCGAGGCAGUGAAUAAAGUCAUCAAGGCUUACGCCAAGUUCAGUGCCACUCCGCGCUACAUGACUUAUAAUUAGAAAAGAAGAAAACUUUGAAGAAGCAAACGGAUAACUUUUGCACCAUUGUUAGUUGGUAGUGAAGAUAUCAGCCGAUUUCUCUCCACCUAGUGGAGCAUUUUUACAAACUGAACCUCAUGUGGAGCUGUGUAAAAUGUGUGUUUUGUAGGAAGGAGCUAGGAGAAUUGUAUAUGUGACGCUCACUGUAUGUGUUGGUAAAUAAAGUGGAAGCAAACUUUAUAAGAAA